ACAGAUCUCAAAUGGACGCGUACUUGCUAUAUCUCCUUCAUUUGUUCGCUUGUUCGCUUAUUCGCUUAUUCGCCCUAGCAUCUCGAUCGGCGACGAGAAGACCUCUGGCAGCAUUUCCGAACUCCGGCAAAUCAGAAUUGCAAGGGAAGGUUUACAAGCUUCUAGUUAGGGAAGUGAAAUGGCUGCCCACAAGGUUGCGCAUGCCACCCUGAAAGGACCAAGUGUGGUAAAGGAGAUAAUUAUUGGACUCACACUUGGCUUGGCUGCAGGUGGCCUGUGGAAGAUGUAUCACUGGAACGAGCAGAGGAAAACGAGGGCAUUCUAUGACUUGCUAGAGAAAGGUGAGAUCAGUGUUGUUGUAGAAGAAUAAAUUCUUCCCCAGCUGCUGUGAUGAUUUGAUACGCACUUUUAUUGGUAUCCCUAUGUAAUGUUCCCCUUGCUUGGCUCCUCUUGAAUCUGGAAUUGGAGCAUACUCAGUUUGGGUUACUGAAUAAAUAAGUUAUUUUGGUUUUUAGAACUUUCUGGUUUCUAUGUAGACCACUGUUGCUUGAGAGAGCUUUAAAACUUUCUGGUUUUUUGCGGGUCGCAUUUA